CCACUUGCCACCAGCAUUGCCAACGUGCAGCUGCCCUGCACUGAUGCAAACCUUCAUGGCCAGACGGAAAUAAAGACAAAUUGUGGAGAGGACAGUGAAACCUUUUUUUAAAGGCCUGGCGUUCUUGGGUGGAGUUCCAGGAAAGAGCAGACAAAGGGACUUGAUGACAGGAUGGUGCCACACACGGAUAAACCUCUUCAGCAGCAGAUGAUGCAUGACGCUGGGAUCCACCCUGCCUUACACAAGAUUCUCUCAGGAAGUGAAGAUCUUUUCAACACAAAGGACCCUCUGCCAUGGAGCAAAUCCGGAAUUCCAAACUAACUCUUCUUUAAUAAGACUUUUGGAUACAAAAUUAAAAAGAAACUUACCCGUCAUGAGUCUUGGAAAACUUCCAGGGAUUAAAGGCCUCGUGUCUGCAGGCUCUCAGGAGAGACGUCGUUUCAAGAGCGACCUCUCGGUGGACAUGAUCAGCCCGCCGCUGGGCGACUUCCGACACACCAUGCACGUGGGCCGCGGCGGAGACGUGUUUGGUGACACUUCUUUCCUCAGCAACUACGGAGGCGUCAAAGAGCCGGGGAGCCCCGACUCGGCAAACAGCUCCAAGUCUACGGGCUUCUUCACACGUACCUUCAGGCACAUCCGGAAGAAUUCUGGGCCACGGGGGGGACCCCGGAACUCUUCAUCCCCGCCGCCUGACAUCUCCCCCAUCAUCAAGAACGCCGUUUCGCUGCCCCAACUCAACAUUGAUCCUCCCAAUGGUCGCCUGCCGAGGCUCCCGAAUUCCAUCAGCGCGACAGAUAGCGCCAUCUGCACAUAUGGUAUCCAAUCUGGAUUUGUCACUCUGCCUCGCUUCUCUCGCCUCGACAGACCGUUUCUAGAUGGAGAGCACAGAGUGUCUAUGCGAGAACGAAACGGUAAACCCGUGACUCGUUCGGACUCCCUCACCUCCUUCACGUUGGAUCUCGGCCCCUCCCUGAUGUCCGAGGUUCUGGGCUUGUUUGACAACCCCAGCUACCUCCAGGAGGUCAGCAAGGUUGUCGCAGCGGAGGAGGAAGAGAAAAAUGACGAGGAGGAUGAUAGCUCUCUAACAGAGACAUUUGUGAGUUCGAGCAAUUCGUCAGUGCGCGGCGGAUCAUCGAGAAGGAACGUGAACAGUAAGGAGAAUUCUUGUAGCAGCAGCUGGACAGAGGAGGACAGGAGAUCAGUUGCGUCAUCCUCCAAAUCUCCUCCAAGGUCUCCCCCCAUAAAAGAAGCUGCCAUGGAGUCAGAGCAAUUCCAGAGGGCAGCUGAUGUGCUGUCUCGACAUUAUGGAGGAGGGCCCGUCACAAGGCUGAGUCCUCCUCUCUCCAAAACACCAUACGCGUUUUCUGAAGAGGAAGAAGAAAUCAAAGUGUAGAUCAGGAUGAGGAAUACCACUCUGCAGUCAUCUUGCUGCCACCAUUUUAUACAAUUUAUUUAAGUUAUUGUAAUACCACAUCUGGUUGAGAGAUUUAGCUUUCGUAGUGUAAAGGAAUGAAAAGGGAUUCACACAAUUCACUUUUUUAGUAGUAAAUGGUUAAAUGUGAGCAAUUUAUUCCCCAGAUGUCUAACCACAUUAUUUGAAUUGUGUUGUCGUUUACUGUUAUAAUGCAAGUAAAAAAGCAAUUUGCUGUUAAUAAAGUUUCUUAUGAAAUAUUUGCUUCCUGGUUUAGUAAAUGACUGCUUUCCUUUUAUCCAAUAGUAAACUGUAUUAAUCCCCGGGUUAUGUGUAUGGUAAUAUUUUCUAAUGUGAAUAAAUCAUUUACAUUUAUAGCCAGCA